AUGAACCCGCUACGGCCGAUGAACAACCAUCAGUUCAAUCCAUUUGAGCCUCAUCCCGAGCUCGAUGACAUUGAUGUCCCCGAUGAUGUGGACUAUGUAAACAACACCGACCCAUUCGGCAUCUUCGCCGCUCGUGGUAUGGGUGCUCCCCCCAUGAUGCAGCCAAAGGAAGUCCGGGAAUUGGCAGCACGGCGUUCCGAGCGCAUAUUUGCCGGUUAUCGGCUCCUGCAGAGCAUUCUAGAGCGCCAUGAGAGCACUAUCCAAAAGCGUUGGGAGAAGAAGUCCAGACCUCAACGCUUGAGCAUCCUCUUGGGUGCUUGGCCCGACAUGCCACUCACGCAUCGUCCCGACUUUGCUGCCUUUCGCCGGAACUCCAACAAUAUCCCCCGUGUUGCUGCUCAGCACCGUUCCGCCUUUCUGUGGCCUAGUAUCAACCAAGAAGAUUUGGGUGAUCCGAGGACUUUGCCCCUGUUGCUCAACGCCCGAGGCAGGAAUCACCCCCACGUGUUUGCAGCCGCCGAUGGCGAACAGAGCCACCUGGGAAAGGUGACCAUGGCAAUUGUGCCGGUUUUUCUCAACGAACACGUCAUCUUGAUCAAUGGCAUGCCGGAACAGAAGGACUACGGCAAGCUGCUUGCCUGGAGUGAGCACGAGGACGCCUUUGACUGGAUGCAUGAGCGUAAGCAAUUCUUGCCAGGAGAGGGUCUCUUGAUCCUUGAGUUCCAAGAACGUCUACUUGGUUUCCUGGUCGAAUGCUGCCAGAAAAUACUCCAUGACAUCCCGGCUGAUAGGGUGGCUGGCGAUGAAUAUCCUAUCCAGCCUGAGCCUUCGUUGAAAGAGGGUGUCGAUGCAACGGGCUUUUCCACCUUGGGCGUAUUAGCAAGAGAGGCUGCUUACCGGCCACCCGCGAAACUGGAUCUGGGCAAGAUCGAAUCACUCCUAGCUGCACGAACGGUCCGUGCUGAAGAUCACAUCUGGGCAAUGCGUGAGGAUCCCAGCUACUUUGCCGACAUUCUUUUGGACAUGAAGGAGCAUCGUCAAGAGAUGAUCAAGGACCUUCGAGGUGGUUUGCAUCCCACUCUGCUACCUCCGCGGGAGGGCUUGUUAUGGGCUCGAGUGAUUGGUAGUGUCCUGACCGAAUCCUUCUUUCAGCUUGAGAUCUUUGCAGAACUCCGUACUCAAGUACAACGACUACAAGUUCUCUCGGAAAAAUACAAAUCAGAAAUUGAUCCGGGAAAGGACCUCCCCAAGGAGUAUCUGGAAGCCUUGCUCAAGUUUCGCUUUUACCUCCUGCGGGCAGUCAAGGGCGUGCUAGAACAAUUGAAAAUGACGACUACAGCGUCGCCACCCUUGAGGUCACUCUUUGUUCGGGAGGUGCCGGUAUCAGUGUCAAGUUCCAUGAUGCAGAUCAUGUCCAAGGGCGUGAGAAUGGACGAGACUACCAAAUCACUCAUGUGGCUCCUUCAGACUUUAUGGGAAGACGGCAACAAUCUCUUUCUUGCGAAAUUGACCACGGUGGUCGAUGAGCUUGAUCGCCUGUUGAGGGCCGACCCAAAGGCCUCUGAGCUCGUAUCAUCAUAUAUCGCAGGGCUGGUCGGAGAGCUUUCCAUUGUUGGGGAAUGCUUGAGGCAGCUUGAGAUUUACCAGCCCUGGGCCAAUAACUUUGAGAACGCAAUGGUGGAGAGAGAAGAGGAGUUCAAGAAGGAGUUUGCGCAACGCAGCGCUUCAUGGGCUCAGGUUCUCGAAUGCUUCAAUGAAAAGAACACGAUUGGUCUCCGGCAAUUGGGAGACCCCACGGGUGGUCGUUUCCAGUACCCCAUUGGGAAACGCCGGAACAAGGCCAAUGUGGAGAUGCUUCGAACUUCCGAGGCCAAUCUUGAUGCAUUCUGGAGUGCGGUUGACCAGAUGCUACACAAAAAAGUGCACAAGCUCAGCGGCACGGCCUACAAGAAACUCCUCUCGCAACCGCGAUACCUGCAGCGCACACCAGAGUGGGUUGAGCCAACGGCAAAGAAGGAUGGGAAGCCGAGUGAAAGGCAAGUGGAGGAGCUUAUCGUUCCAUUUUCCAGGUUAUUCCAAUCCUCUGAACCUGUUACAUCAGCUCGUGCAGAGGCAUUAGCCGCGGGUCUCACCAAGACCAAGAUCAAGAGCCGUGGCGCUCCGGGAACCAUGCCAGAAGAAGAAAAUACAGAGGCAGCAUUACCCGCUGUUAUAGACGAUGUACAGCCCAUCUUCAAGAUAGAUGCCAGAGCCUUGAAGGUUUUCCGCAUUGUCUUUUUCGACCCGUCGGCGAACACAACGGCUGGCGAAGUGGCCUGGCGUGAUUUCCUACAUGCAAUGGACUCUACCGGGUUCACUGCGCAGAAACUGUACGGGUCCGUCUGGCACUUUCAGCCAACAAAGCUGGACGUUGAAAGGAGCAUUCAAUUCCACGAACCGCACCCUCGCGGAAAGAUUCCCUUUUUGGUUGCUCGUCGUCAUGGCCGAAGACUUAAUCGUGCUUACGGCUGGCGUGGGAGCAUGUUUGUAUUGGAGGACAAGAAGAAUUGA